CUGCGUGACAUAAACAUGGCUGCCUCCAUUGGGGAACCUGUCGUGUUUGCCGAUGACAUAAAAGACCCAAGUGUUUUGAAUGUUGCCACUUGUGGCACGGAGGGAAGUGUGAUCGUAACCCAAAAUCCAAAUUUGAUCAACAUAUACAAGGUUGAGGACCAGAAGGCUCUGCAGAGCUGGUCAUCCAAGCACAAUGAACAUAUUACCAGCCCAGUCAUCUGGAGUGAACACAAUCAGAAAUAUGUCACAGUGAUCAAUACGAAGACUGCCAAAACCUGGGGAAAAGAUGAACAGAAUUUUGAAAAGUCCAGCACAAAACAUGCAAAAUGUGCAAUCAACAGAAUUCUGCCAAGUGACACAACAGAACCAGUCGUGCUAUUCAACAAUGGUGGCGUCGCUUUCCUGGGUAGGAUCAAGGACACACAAGAGGGGCCACUGUCUGAUAAAGACGAAAUCUUAUUCUGUGAUUUGAUGAGGAUGAGCUCAGACCUGUGUGUGGUGUGUCUUCUUAACCAAGAGGGCAAGCUGCAGUUAAUGAGUUACUGGUACAGAAACGAUGAGUGGAUCCGACACACCCACCCUGUGGAGGUGACCCCAAACACCCAGGUGGUGAGCUGUCACGCUGUGCCCGGCAGGAACAAUGUCAAAGUGUUCAUACUGUGUCUGAAUGGGGAUUUGUUGUGUCAAAACUUAUCCUUUGAUCAGUGCACAUCUCAGAAUCUGCAAACUAUUGUGGGAGUUACCAAGACGACCAGUAUGGUGGCCCUAAGCUCCACCCACAUAGUACUGGCAGGUUGUACCAAAGAUAACCAGGAUGUCAUUGGAAUAUAUGAUGUAAAAUUUGGUGCUUUUGAAGUGUGUAAGCCUUUACCUGCUGCAAAGAAAUCAUCUAUAAAACUGUUUGCCCUCCAUGGUCACCUGUUUGUGCUGUGCCACAGAACUCUCCACAUGUUCUCCUACUCCUGUCACCCCUCAUCACUGUCCAGUAUCCUGGGUCACCAGCGAGUGGACAUCCAGCCCCAGACUGAGACCCCACCUCCAGGGCCACUGUCCUGGUCCAAAUCAAAGUCAUCCUCAUCCAACACAGAAGCCAACAAGUUGUAUUCAGAGUUACAAAACAUUUCUAUGGCAAAAACCCAAAAGGAGUUUGAGAAGAAGUUUCUAAGCAUCAUGAAGAGUCAUGAGAGUGAUGCCACGGGGCUGCUUAGUGAGACCACCACCAUGGAACAGAUUGUUCAGCGGUGUGUGACUGAUCAGAAGUUCUGGCCCCACAAUGUUCUGGAUCAGCUGCUGGUUCACAGGCUGGUGCCCAAUAGGUGUAUUAAAGAAAUAGCAGAAGGAAUUAUAAGACAUGAAGAUGUAGCUCUACUAUUGCAAUGUCUCAACUCAGUCAGUGAUAUUCCAGAAGAGUCUCUUUGUUCACUCAUAAAUUUCAUCCUUGGUGUGGAAGAUUCCAAAGUAGCAGAGGCAGCCAAAAUGGAUGGGUUCUCUGGAACGGGGAAAAGUAACUCCCCUUUGUCAGAGGCUAAAGGUCACAUUGUAAACAAGAUUGUUAAAAAGCCCUACAACGAUGUGUUCAUCAUUGAGUGCCUCCACACCAUUACAUUCCAGAAUGUGUUGACAUUACUGGAGUAUCUGUGUUAUUUGAUCAGUAACCUGGACACACAAGUCAGCAGUAUGCCAGACCUUGCUCAGAUUGUGAGCUUUAUCUGUGUGCUGAUCGAUGCCCAUUACCAGCAACUAGUCCUCUCCCCUGAUUCCCAGGAUGUGCUGAUCAGUCUCCACCGUACAGUGGAGGGACAGCGAGAAUACUUCGCUGAAUUUCUGACUCUGGAUGUACUCAUCUCACAGAUGAAGAGACAGUUUGCUAUUCCACGGCCCAGGGCUGUCGGCAAAUACUGCAUUGAAGUCCUGCAUGUUUAUUGAACUGGUUUAGGAAUUUUGUAAAAAUGCACGAGUUAUCUUUCUUUGCAGUAACAUGACCGAAACAAAGUGUCAUUGCCCCCUCAAAUUCUACCAGGCAACAGACGAUUUUGUUUGUAUGUUAUGCAUAUUAUGUACCAUAAACGGUUGAUUCUGACACUUUAUAAUUAAAAAAAAACGCAAUAAAAUUUGUGUAUAUUCUA